AUGGCGCGUCCGAGGCCGACAGCAAAGUGCAGGAGCGUGUACGUCCCGCCGCCUAGGGCAGCAGCGGCGGCCGACUACGCCGCCGGCGACAAGGCCUGCCCAGCCUACCAGCGCCAGACCUGGGACGCGCUGAGACGCAGCAUCACCGGCCACGUGAACAAGGCCACCGCCGCCAACAUCCGCCACGUCCUUCCAGAGCUCCUCGCCGAGAACCUCGUCCGCGGGCGCGGCCUGCUCUGCCGCGCGCUGCUCAGGUCGCAGGCGGCCUGCCCGGCCUUCACCGACGUGUUCGCGGCGAUCGCUGCGGUCGUCAACUCCAAGAUCCCGGACGUCGGCCGGCUCCUCCUGGUCCGUCUCGUGAUCCGGCUCAGUCGCUCCCACGCCACCGGCGACAAGACACAGCUGGCGGCCGCGGCGAGGUUCGUGGCCCACCUUGUGAACCAGGGCGUGGCGCACGAGCUGCUGGCGCUGGAGCUCCUGGAGAUGCUGCUCGCCGAGCCCACGGACGAUGGCGUGGAGGUGGCGGUGGGCUUCGUCACGGAGUGCGGCGCCGCUCUGAGCGAGGCGUGCCCCCGUGCGGUGGACGCCGUGUUCGAUCGGCUCCGGAGCAUCCUCGUCGACGGCGGCGUCGACAAGCGCGUCGGGUUCUUGAUCGAGGGGGUGUUCGCGGUCAGGAGAGCUCGGUUCCGGGGCCACCCGCCUGUCCGGCCGGAGCUGGACCUCGUGGAGCAGGAGGAUCAGUUCACGCAUCAGGUCGAGAUCUCGCUCCAGCUUGACCCCGAGACCCAUCUCGACGUGUUCGUGGCAAGCGGCACUUUCCUCCAGGACGAGGCUGCCUACGAUGACCUCAAACGAAGCAUGCUCGGAGACGACGGCCAGGACGAGGAUGACAACGAAUAUGACGAGUCCGAAGACGGGGAUGAUGAUGAUGAAGACACGGAUGUGACGAUCAAGGACGAGACGGAGACGAACCUGACGGGCCUCCGGCGGACGAUCUACCUGACGAUCAUGUCGAGCGCGGGCGCGGAGGAAGCGGGUCACAAGCUACUGUCCAUCGUGAGGCCCGGCCAUGGCCAGGAGGUGGAGCUGUGCGGCAUGAUCGUCGAGUGCUGCAAGCAGGAGCGGGCGCCCAAGACGCGGUUCUACGGCGAGCUCGGGCAGCGGCUGUGCGGCGUCGGCCGGGCGUACCAGGCCGGCUUCGAGGCGUGCUUCGCGCGGUGCUACGCGGCGGCGCACCGCAUGGGCACCGACGAGCUGCGUGCCGCCGCGGGGUUCUUCGCGCAGCUGCUGGCCGCCGACGCCGUGCCGUGGGGCGGCGUGCUGGGCGGCGUCAGGGUCACGGAGGAGGACACCACGUCGUCGUCGCGCAUCUUGGUGAAGACGUUGUUCCAGGAGAUGGCGGAGCAGCUCGGGGUGCGGGUGCUCGGCCGGAGGAUGAACGACGGCGAUGACCCCGUGGUCCGUGACGCCCUGUUCCCGAGGGACUCUGCCAAGAACGCGAGGUUCGCCAUAGAUUUCUUCACGGCGAUCGGUCUCGAAGGAGUGACUCAACCUGCGAGGAAGCUCUUGUUGUCCGGUAGUUAG